AAAAGUGGUGACUAUCGCUAAGUCGAAGAAGUUUCGGGAUCAUCACGGGAAGGUUCUGCUGGAGGGUCACAGGCUGAUUAAGGAUGCCCUGGAGGCAGGAGCUGUGCUGCAGACCCUCUUCUUCAGCACCGUGGGGCACCUCAAGGAGCUGCCGGAGGCACAGCUGAAACGAGCCAACUUAGUUAAGGUGAAAUUUGAAGAUAUUAAGAGCUGGUCUGACCUCAUAACUCCCCAGGGGCUUAUAGGGAUCUUUUCCAAGCCCGACCAUGCCAAGAUGUCUUACCCUACGGCUCAGCUAACCAGCUCCUUGCCACUGCUCCUCAUCUGCGACAAUAUCCGAGAUCCAGGAAACCUGGGGACUAUUCUGAGAUCUGCAGCGGGAGCAGGCUGUGAGAAGGUGCUGCUCACCAAAGGCUGUGUGGAUCCGUGGGAGCCCAAGGUGCUCCGUGCAGGCAUGGGGGCCCAUUUCCGUCUGCCCAUCGUCGCCAAUCUCGACUGGGAAUCUCUCCCCAGCAACCUUCCUGCUGGCGUCCAGGUCUGCGUGGCCGACAACAAAGACCCAAGCGCUCGGGCUGAGACCCCGUCCGUGCCGAGGGGAGCUGGCGGGGCUGGCUCUGCUCCUGGCAGCACGAAGGCUCCUGUGAAAUCCAGACCCGAGGCUGCUCCUGACACGGGGGGGAAGAGACUGGUCAUUCCCGUGGUGCCAGGCGUGGACAGCUUGAACUCCGCUAUCGCCGCCGCCGUUGUGCUGUUUGAGGGGAAGAGACAGUUGCUGCAGCGGCACAAGCAGGAAGAUGAAGAGGCAGAAGUUCCCU